GUUCGGAGGAUCUAACAACCGCUCCUCAUGUGCUGGCAGAAAUCGCAGUCGUUUCAGAGUCACGAACUUGCUAUAUCGAACGAGAACCGUCUUACUCUUCUACGAGACAACUUCACAACAACCCUUAUCGACCACUAAACUCCCUACUCGGACUCCGAACCCCGCAUCUCCACACCUGAGCUGAGCUUAGCUAUCGCUCUCGCCACAAUGUCUGAAACUCCGGCGCAGUCCUAUUCUAUGGACCCGCAUCUCUAUAUCUAUACCUCGCUCACCGCUGGCUCAUCACAUAUCGUCACGGCGACAUCGAGACUUGAGACCAUCCUGAGAGCAAACAGAAUCCCAUUCAAAGCUAUCGAUCUCGCAACGGAUGAAAAGGCACGCAUGCUAUGGGGACGGCGCGCUGGAAAAGAUGAGAGUGGGCGCCAGCGAAAGAUCCCUGGUUUGGUCCAGGAGGGCCUGGUAGUGGGGGACCUGGUGGAAAUAGAAGACUGGAACGAAUAUGGCGAGCUUAAGCAACAUGUGCGUAUUGUCGGGGUGUCUUCGACGCCUGCUGGAUUUGGUAAUCCCAUAAAGGCUGCUGCCGCUGCUGCGGCCGCGCCAGCUGCGGCGGUAGCUCCCGCUGCACCAGCUCCACCGACGGCACCGCCGCUACCAACCGGUGCGAAGCAGCCCAUUCCUCCCACUCCCGAACCCAAACCAGCUCCGAAAGAGGCAGAAGCUCCCCAGACGCCUGCAGCUGGGGGCAAUUCAAUUACACUGGCGAUGCGCCAAAUGGGCGAAGAAGCCGCACAGAGGGCGAAGGACAUGAAGAAAAAUGCACUGAAGGGGAAGCCCGAAGUAUUUGUUGGUAGUGGAACGGGGGAGGCCGCAGCAAAGGAUACCAAAAAGUCAGCGACGAUGGAAAUUCCGCAGACUGUCGAGCCUAUUACGAUAUUACAAGACCCAAAGACAUCGGCUUGGAAUGUAUCCUCGGCAAGCACACCGCCUGUCUCUCAGCAUGCACUAAAUGAAAUGAAGUCUCUCCAAUCGCCAACAUCUACGGCUUGGAAGGUGGCUGAUGUUAGCCUGCCAGUUGCCAAGAGUGGGGAGAGCGAGACGUCGACUGCAUCGGCUGAAAAGGCUAAGCCGUUUGAGAAAAAGGAGGUUGCUGCGGAGGAAGAUGAUGAUGAGGACGACGAUGACGAUGACGAAGACGAGGAAGAUGAAGAUGAAGAUGAGGACGAUGACGGUGACGAUGACGAAGAUGAGGAGGAGGAGGAGGAGGAGGAGAAGAAGAAGGAUGAAGCCAAUACGAAGGACGAACCAAAGAAGGCUAGGGUGACCCCCUCGAAGUAGACACGGCCUGUAUAUAGGGAUCAAGCCAUAUCUGGACACCUGCACGAGCCUGGUGAGAUUGUAGUUGGAUUUGGGAUGUUUUAUAUGAAGAGGCCUCUGAGACUACGGUUUGAUCCUUGCUUCUAACAUCACGAUAGUUUUACGUUAAUUCAGUAUUCUCGUGUGGUCACAUAAGUUCCAGUCCAGAAAGUGAGGCAUAGCGUGACUAUGCGAAGAUGGGAUUUGAUUUAUAGACAGUUUAUGCGAAGAUGGGAUUUGAUUUAUAG